AAUAUGGAGAAGCCUGCUUUCGAUGACAGAUCAGAUGAUACAGCAGAUCUUGACGACAUUGAGGCACUCAAUAUAGAUCCAAACAUCACAUCUACAGAAUCCAAGUUAUAUGAGAAAAUAUCUUUAUCUUUUAAAAAACACUUAAAGUAUCCCAACAAAAACAGCCAAAACGAUAUUUGGGUAUUGCCUUCCGGAAAAUCGAUUAAAGAAGUAAUCCGUGGUCCUGAAAAUCUGCAUAAAUCUCACCCGUCACGUCUAGGUAUUAUACGCAUUGGUGCAAAAGUUCGUAAACCAGAAUGGAUUGAACAAAAUGACUGGGAUUAUUUACAAGCUAGCGUUGAACAUCCAAAUUAUAAUUUGUCUUCUGAUGUGGAAAAUCUCUUUACUGCACUGUUAGAGACUAACUCGUUAAUGGAGUAUAAACAAUGUCUUCGUAAAGCCAAAUUCGAUGAAGUCGAUAAGGAAAUGGAAUUUGUAAUGGAUGUCCUUAUGUGGUUGUAA